CACGCAUGGGGAUCCCUCCCUUUCAGGCUGUCCGUGGCCUCCUCGCCCCGGCGGGCUGUUCCAAGACUCAGCCAAACCCUCCUGAUCCCCCGUUUCCCUCUCUCUACCUUUCCUCUGAAGAAACAACCCGGCAUUACGUCAGAAAGUGCAGGGCAAGCAAGACAGCGUCUUAGGAGCUAUUCGUAGGCAUUGCUGCCAAACCCGGCUUGGGGCUGCUCACGAGCUCACUGCAGCCAAUGCAAUUUACAAAUGCAACUCUUUUAAAACAGCAGCAGUAUGUGGUCACUGUUGCAGGCACAAUUGCGCAAAACAACAAGCGUGUAAACGGUGUAAAGAUAAAGAAUAGGCUGGUUUACCCCGUAGCCUUACUGAAAACACCAUGACGUGAUGAUGAAGCAGCAGAGUUUUUUUACGCACAGAGAUUUCUACAGCAUUUUUUGUGUUUGAUUCUUUGCUGAUCUCAAAGACAACAUGCCCCACGCUCGAAAUAGGAACCCUAGCCCCAUCCCAGAGGUAACAUGGGACACAGGAUUGAAGGAGAUGAACGAGACCUGGAAAGGAGCUAUUGCCUGUCUCGGGGUGGCCGUCUUCUUUGUCAUGACCAUCGGGAUCAUAUAUUGGCAGGUGGUGGACCAGCCCAACAAGAACUGGAUCCUUAGGGGGACUUUUAGCGGACUGAUCUGGGAGAGAAGAACCCACUCACUGGUCAUACAGACCCUAACGGAGGACAAGACCUAUGUGGAGAUAGACGUCGGGAACGUGGGGAACCCCGACAUCGAGGUUCCCUUCGUGAGGAACCUGUGCUGGCUGAAUAAAACGGAGUUCUGCUAUACGUGGGACUCGGUGGCCGAGGUGAAAAUCUCGCUGGAGGUGAAUGAGGAGACGGAGACAGAGUGUUACAGUAUGACUUGGACGCCGGUGCACUGUCAAGUGGAGUUGAAGGACUGCUUCUCCAUGACCAACGUGUCCUGGUACGGCGGCGCCAGUGUCCGGGGUCAGACCUGGCCGAUCAACGAUCAGAACGCCACCACGCAGCCCUUCAUUGUGAGCGAUCUUAAGGACAAUCCCUCUGGCUUUGGCUCAGCCCUGGAACGCUACUUCCUGGGCUCCUCAGGUGUUGCCGUGUUUGUGUCUCCCGAUAUUCCCCUGCAGCUGGGGGUGGACAGCAGACAGCAGUUCUGCCUGCAGUCGCUGCCCAGUAUGGAGCGUCUCCCUCUGCAGUACACUGUGUGUGUGGCCCACAAUGUGAAAGCUGCUCACCAGGAAGCCGUGCAACAACUCUUCCACCACAGCAGGGAGCUGCCCAACAUGAACGCGCUGUGGCUGCCGUUCUGGAAGCUGCUCACCAACGUGGAUUCAGGGCCGAAGGUGGAGAGGGAGCUGAGGACCUUCUCUAAUCGUCUGAGGAGACACCAGCUAGGGGAGGGAGUCAUCAGCCUCAAUGAACAUUCCACCACCCUCCUCUCCGACAUGGACCAUGACUACCUCAACAGCAGGAAAAGGGGGAUGUCCAAGAGACUGACCAGGGACCUCCCACUUGUCAAGCUUCUCAACAUUUCCAUCACCCUGUCCCCUUUCCUGGGCGUGGACACCACGCAGUUCCACACCUCCCUCAUGGACGGCACUGAGGCCCACUGGCUCAGUCUCCCCUCAGCCCCUCAGGGACAGCUGAUCCCGGUGAUGAGUCAGUGGCGAGGAAAGUUCUGUGUAAAGCUGAACAUCACCAACCCAGGAGCGGUGAGCUGGUUCCUGGACAGGGUGGGAGCCCUGCAGGCCCAUUUGGGGAUGGAGUAUGUGAUGCUGGAGGGGGGCGAAGGGAAUCUGUUUGAGGAGCAAGUCCUGCAGCCGCCGCAGACUCUCGGGGGAGACAAGUACAUCAGCCUGCUGGCCGACCUGGCCACAAGGAUAGGAGACUCCACCAUGGUGACAGCAGGGACACGGUCGAACCACAAGCCUCUGUUUGUGAGGAUGACCCCCAUGCAGUCCGACUGGAGCCCAAUGGGCCUGAAGGGCAUCAUUCCCUCCCUGCUGCACCACACUCUGCUGGGAUACAACUUCCUCAUUCCUGAUGCAGUAGGUGGCUCUCUGUCUGGAGACCUGGUCACAGAUGAGGAGUUGUUCAUUCGUUGGCUGGAGAUCAUGGCUUUCCUCCCUGUUAUCAGCUUCCACACGCCACCCUGGGUCUGCGGAGAGGACCGGGUGCUAAACCUGACACGGGCCUACAUAGCAAAGCACCAGAGCGAUGUGAUCCCACUGAUAGAAAAGUAUGCAGAGGAGUGGCUGAUGACGAGCAACCCCAUCUACCGGCCAAUGUGGUGGCUCAGUCCCAGUGACCCCAUGACUUUCACCAUUGAUGACCAGUUCCUCAUCGGAGACGAGGUCCUGGUGGCACCGGUGGUGGAGAAGGGGGCAGUGCAGAGGGAUAUAUAUUUACCUGACGGGGGCUUCCAGUGGCAGGACAGCAAGAAUGCUCAGGUGUUCGAUGGGGGGACGUUCCUACAGGACUACCCUGUGCCCUUGGAGGAGGUGGCUGUUUUCUUACGGAGAAGCUGAGUCACAUGACUCAUGAUCCAUGAGUCACCCGAAUUAUCCCGUUACUGUUUUGAAUCAGAUUCUUUUUUUCUCGUGCUGUUCUCAACUUGCACUUUUCCACUAAAGACCAUUGACCCUGUCUCAAGGCUUGAGAUGAUAUGUAGAAAGAUUUUUGUUUUUUUAUACUUGCACUUUACAGUUCAAAAUGAUUUUUUUCUUUUCUUCCUUUUUAAAAAAAUGAUCGGUUUUACCUCUUUGCUGAUUUGUUUCCGGACUUUUUUUUUGAUCUGUUCUGCUUUUUUUUGUAUGUAAGUUCCGGAGAAAUCUCUGCGUUUACGUACUGCAUUUCUACAGUCUUUAAAUUUUGAAUCGCUGCUGGCUCUCUUGAUAAGGAGGAACAAAGCAAGCCCCUUGUUGCUUAAAAAUAAUCUCUCAAGAAGACCAAAUGAAGAUAUAGAAGGACAAAGGACAAAGGACAAAGGCUUGUUGGGAGGAAAUUAGCUCACAGAAAGCUUCGUACCGAAAGUGACGCACCGUGGUACCCUAUGUGUUGCUCACUCGUCAGAGAGUACUUGUACUUGAACCUAUCAGGCCAACGGGCUGAUGUUUUUUGAAUGUACCUCAUAUUAUGGAUUUUCACUACUGUCAUCAGACACAACAAACUUACCCUUAGCACUUAUUCUUAGAGGAGUUCAACUUAAUUUAUCAUAUCUGUUGGACAGUUCUGAAUGUCCUUUAGUACUGUAGGCCAGAUGAACUUGAGGCCAAGCCACUGUAAUUGUAACUCUGGCUAUAUUUGAAUUUAGAUUAGAUGCCACCAUUUUACUAACCUGCUGUAGUAAUGGCUUUUAAAUGGGCCGCACUUUUUUUUAUUACCAAGUCUGUCGGAUGUUGUGUUGGUAUGCUCUUUCAUAAGUCAGUGCCAAAAUGAAGUUGAAGAAGAAAAGAAGAAAGCCUUGUUGACGACGCCACAGCUCGAAAUGAGACUUUUAACAGACAGUUUGAAAUGCACUCGCUCGCUUUCUUGCAGGGAGAUAGGUGAGAAGACUGAUACUGCUGUCACAUGUGUAUGGUAAAUAUUAAGACAGCGCAGGGAGCCGCUUGGCUUAUCAGCGGUGUACAGACUGGACACAUGGGGAAACAGCUAGUCUGGUCCAAAGCUAACAAAAUCAUACUCAAUAACUAAACAGCUUAUAUUUCGGUUAUUUAAUUCGUACAAAAUAACAAAGAGUUGUGACUUUACGAGGGGUUAAGUGAUGGACUAUUUCUUGGGCCGAGGCAGUGACUUCUCCGUUUUUUAUACUAAGUUAACCGUCUCCUGGCUGCAGACUUUCUGUUUACCAUACAGAUACAAGAGUGGUAGCAAUCUUCUCAUCUGAGACUCAGCAAGAAAGCGAAUAAAUGCAUUUCCCAAAAUGACGAACUACUCCUCUAAUAGGACGACAUGGGGAAAGAGCUCUUCAGACUAAAUACAUAAAUAAGAUGCUCUUCUAUGUAAGACAUCUUAUUGUAGCCAUCUUGAAUUCACCAGAAAGGAAUACUUGAUAAUUGAAUAAAAGGCCACAGAGAUGUAUUGGGCACAUGAACAUUGAUGAGUAAUUGUAAUCACAUUCACGUCCAUCGCUUGCCUAAAUUCAAUAGGAUUACUUAUGGAAGAUAUUUUUUUUUUAUUUGGUUUCAACGAUGAUUAAUGCUUUAAUCAAAUUAUAUAUGAAUGAGAUAACGACUAUAUUCAAAACUAGCCCAUGGAGAAAUGUAACCAACUUACCACCAUGAUGCAUUGAGUUAAUUAGCUAGUUGGCUUUUCUUUAUUGAUUUGCUUUUCACCAGACAAUCUUAACCGGCCAGCAGUGAUGAUACAGACUCUGGAGCCUUCGUGAAUGCUUUACCACUAAAUUAAUUGUGUAAUUCUAACACGUUUACUGUAUCAACUUGAACACUCAGGUCUACUGAAGCUUAUCAAAUCACCAAAUGUCUUAGUGCAACGCAGUAUGUUGUGAACACAUCUACGUCUUAAUCUCUCCCAGAGCUGAAUGUACAAUAGACAAACUGUGAUUUCCCAACCAAGCCCUUCGUGCGAGGAGCUUUUCUAGUUCCCGUUCGAAUGCUUUUAAGUCAUGCUGUGGUAUGUUCACGUAUAAGUUGCAGGAAAAGCUUUGACGUGUUAAUUCCUUCCCUCUACAGACUGAGCGAUUCAUGCGCCUUAAUAUGCCACUCUUAAAUCUGGACAACACGCGUGUCUGGAUUAUUGCAGUAAUGUACAUAUUACGAUGACUGUGCCAUUACAAGUGUUUUUUUUUCUCUUCUGUAAAUCAGAGAACUUAGAAUGACAAAGUUGCAAUAAAGUUUACAUUUUCUUACUUCA